GUUUCUCUCGCUGCUUCUACGUGUAGCUUCUCUAAUGAGGCCUAGGGGCAAGAGAUAUAAUAGAUACAGCAGAAGUUUCAGUCGCACCAGAGUUGCUAUCCACACUGUCAUAUACUAGUACAAUAUUAUAGGGACGGGGGAUUUUUUUUUAUAGUGUUAUUUUUUUUUAAUGUGUUGUAUUUGACAUGAAUAGAUAUAGAAAUUAAUAUUAUACAAAAUAUAGACUUUGGAUAUAAAAAUAUCUUGCUGCUGGAGCCUUAGGAAAUAGGACUGUUUAUCUAGUUGCCUACAGACCGGUGAAGACUACAAUAGAAAACAUGGCAGAUGAUUCCCGUCAAGUUAUGACACAGUUUUGGGAGGAACAUUCUCAAGAUGCCACAGUGGAAGAGAUGAUGUUGGACUCCAGUGCUAAGCUUUUAUCCCUUGAAGAGAAGCCAGAAAUCAUCUUAUUAUUGCCCAGCUUGGAUGGGCACUCUGUGUUGGAGUUGGGGGCUGGGAUAGGCCGUUUCACAGGACAUCUAGCUAAACUUGCCAGCCAUGUGACUGCUGUGGACUUCAUGCAAAAUUUUAUAGAAAAGAACCGCGAGGAUAAUGGUUUCCGUGGCAACAUCACCUUCUUGCAAGCUGAUGUCACUACCCUCGACCUGCCCAAAGAAAGUUUCGACUUCAUUUUUUCCAACUGGCUCUUCAUGUACCUGACAGAUGCAGAGUUGCUAGCCCUGACACAAAAGAUGUUGGGAUGGCUCAAACCAGGCGGCUAUCUGUUCUUUAGAGAGUCCUGCUUCUUCCAGUCUGGGGACAAACAGAGAACAUUUAACCCCACAGUUUACCGCACCCCAGCUCGGUAUAACCUCCUCUUGACAUCGGCUACCUCAGUUUCAGGAGACUCUGGUUUUGAGAUUGUGAUGUCAAGGUCUGUGCAGACAUAUAUAAAGCUAAAGAAAAAUCAGAACCAGGUGUGCUGGUUGCUUCAGAAGGUCCCGCGAGUUCCAGAUGGCCAUCAGGGCUACAACACCUUCCAGCAGUUUCUGGAUAAUCAGCAGUACUCCCGUAGAGGAAUCCUCAGAUAUGAAAAGAUAUUCGGGGAGGGAUUUGUGAGCACUGGAGGACUGGAAACCACUAAGGAGUUCAUCUCCAUGUUGAACUUGCGUCCCGGACAAAGUGUCAUUGAUGUGGGUUGUGGCAUUGGUGGAGGAGACUUCUACAUGGCCAAGACAUAUGGGGUGGAAGUCCUUGGGAUGGACCUAUCGUCUAACAUGGUGGAGAUCGCCAUGGAAAGAGCCAUCACAGAGAAAACUCCUCUGGUACAGUUUGAAAUUGGGGAUGCCACAAGAAGGUCUUUUUCAGAGGCCUCGUUCGAUGUGGUGUACAGCAGAGACACUAUCCUCCACAUCAAUGAUAAGGAGGCUCUUUUCAGAAGAUUCUUUUCCUGGUUAAAACCUGGUGGAAAACUACUGAUCACAGACUACUGCUGUGGAGAAAGACCCUGGUCUCCAGUUUUCCAGGAAUAUGUAAAUCAAAGAGGUUAUAUUCUGUAUACACCUAAGGAGUAUGGACAGUUCCUUGAAAAGGCUGGUUUUGUGAAUGUUCAAGCUCAGGACCGAACUGAACAGUUUGUGAACGUUUUAAAUACAGAACUUAGUCGAACGCAGGACAUCAAGCAGGAAUUCAUUGAGAAUUUCUCAGAAGAAGAUUAUAAGUACAUUAUUGAUGGCUGGAACGAAAAACAACAUCGUUGUAGUUUAGGAGACCAGCGCUGGGGCCUAUUCUAUGCAGAAAAGCCUAUGGAAACAAUUUCCUAACUUCACUACCUCCUGUUUAGUUAUUUGUGGUCAAACCACUACCCUGAAUUGCUGUCAUAAAAUACUGAUGGUUCCUGAUUUUGUUUUCUUUUAUUCUGGAUGUAACACUGUAUGUAACAGUAUUAAUUGAAUGUGCUGCAAAAAUAACCUCACAAUAGACUAUUCUACAAAUACACUACAACAUGUUUUUAGCAAAAAAAAAAAUUAAAACAAUGAUUUUCAUGUUCUAUUAUACAAUACAAAGAUAUUAUGUUAAUAUGGACACUAAGGUUAUAAUAAUUUAUAAAUCCAGUGCAAUAUCUAUUAAAAUAAUAGAAUUAACAUUC